AUGCAGAUUGCUUGCGGCCUUGACAAACUUCAGAUCCUCCAUUCCGUCCCCGAGGUACCAAUGUUAAACCGCCUUGACGCGGAAAAGUCGAGCAAAGGCAUGGCCCACGCGGUUGAGGAUCUCCUGGAGUACCGUCGAGUUGCCAUGAGUAAUUCGAGCUCUACGAUUGCUGCUUUGGAUGUGCUUCAUCUGAUCCUCGAUCUCUCGCAUGGAGAUCCGUCCCCGACUGGCUAG